CGAACUCACUUCACGAGUUCGAGACGGUGCAACGAGACGCAGCCAGUGCAUUGCGUCCUCCUUUUAGCGCUCAUUUAAGCAUCCCAAAUCUUCUCAGACAUAAAAUCAACUGGAAUAAUCUGCGUUUAAGCGGCCGGAUGAUGGAAAUACGGAUUUUACUCCCUGCUCUGCUUCUUGUCUUCGGUUUCGGGGCAGUUUUCGCUCAGUCUUCCGCAACUAACCAAGCUUGUGAAGCGAAAAAUGGGACAAGCUGUGAGGAAUGUCUGAACAAUGUGACGUGCUUGUGGUGCAUCAAAACCAAGUCCUGUGUCACAUAUCCAGUGAGGACCAUCCUCCCUCCUCAUUCACUCUGUCCACUGAAUGACGCUCGCUGGGGCCUCUGCUGGAUGAACUUCCAGAUAUUGAUAAUCACAUUGGCAGUGGUUGGUGGGAUUAUCAUCAUUGCCUUCAUAGUUUGUCUCUUCUGCUGCUGCAAGUGUGAGAACUUUGGAUCCAAAAGGUUUGAAGCCAAGAUGCAGAGAAAUGCCAAUAAAAUGAGAACCAAACAGGAAGAAAGGAAGGCCGAGAUGAAACAGAGACACGAUGAGAUCAGGAAGAAAUAUGGUCUAAGUGGGCAGAAUCCAUACUCCAGAUUUGCCUGAGAACACCUGACAAAUGAGAUCUUACACCAUGGACACUGAGAAGAGCAUACAACAGACAUAUGCAGCCUGUCUUUUGCUUCUGACAUGAACUGAGAAUUAAUGUAAACUAUAGGACUGCUUCAGAAAAGUGAUGAGUAGUUUUGUAUAGGCAGCCUCCAGAGUCAUUCAGCCAAUGAACAGGUCUAUGCAAAGAACGCUGCUUUCACUGUGAUGACCCAAGAGGCUGUAACCAAGACUAGAAUAGACACGUAGCUACAGUACUCAUUAAAACUACAGCAGUCUAUUCUGUGGCUCAGUCUACUGUUACUAUUUAUUAUCUUAAGUUUAAUUGUACAGAAUUGAAAGAAUCCAAUCUGGUUGGUGAACAAUUCUUUUGUUUUGCUUGGGAAAAUCUGUUGCAGUUGUACAUUUUCAGGUUGCUCCUCUGAGUUGCUGCUGAGUUUAGAGAUGUACGUAGAGUUUCUAAUCUAUUUUUGUACUUUAUGUGAUUUUUCCUGUACUAAGUGAAACGCAUUAUUGUCAGAGGCCAUUUUAAUUGCAUCAUUGCUGCACUUUUUAGUGACAAGAAUGUGUCAGUUGAAUUUUUGGUCCUGAAGUUGGAUUUAAGUCAGUUUAAUUGUACUGUUGCUUUUAUAUCUUGUAAAAACAUACAGGCUUAAUAAACAACUUCAGACUGAGAA